AUGAAAGCUCCCCAGCAGCACCGUAAACCAACUGAUACAGAAGCAAAGGUCAAACAUGGUGGCGAUAAGUUGCAUUGCCUGAAGCCAGGGAAAUAUACCAACAAGUCAUCAGGCAAUAUAGGGGCAAAGUGCAGAAGAGAAGAUGGUCAAUUGUUUACCGGCAGUAAGAUUGCACUGAAGGGUGGUAGCUUUAUGGAAGUACCAUUUAGCAAUUCGACAAACUUAUCUGCUCAACCACCAAAUUAUUCUAAAAAGAUGAAGCUUCAGUUUUUCCCAAUAGAUGAGGCGAUUCAAAAGGUUCUACAGCAGGAGAAACACAAUCCUUACCUGGAGUUGACCUUGGCUCCUCGAAAGAAGAUGUCCUCAAUUGUGCAACAUUUGAACACAAAAUGGGGCCGUUCCAGCUGUGCAAAAGGCGAGCUCAUGCUCUUCCCAUAUGGUGCUAGACCGGAUAGCUUAGUUGGCAGUGAAAAAUGGACUGUUAAUGAUUCUUGCACUGCUGCUGAUGUUUAUGUUGCUGUUGGCAGCCCUUCAACAUUUCGCUUAAGGUAUGGAUGGUUUGAGCAACAAAGCAGCGAAGAAUCUUUGGCACCCGUGCACUCUGCAGAAAAGACCAUCGGUGACAAACCUUCAGAUCAUUUUGUGUUUCCAAACAAACCUUCAGAUCCUUUUGAGUUUCCAAACAAACCUUUAGAUCCUUUUGAGUUUCCAAACAAACCUUCAGAUCCUUUUGAGUUUCCAAGCAAACAUUCAGAUCCUUUUGAGUUUCCAAGUAAAUUUACCAGUCCAUCCGAUGUGUGUAACACAGAACAGACUGUGGUGGAUAACCAAAGCAAAGUGACGCCUCUCUCAUGGAUAGACUGCAUAUCCAAUAUCAGUUUCGGAGCACUCUUAUCACAGGCUGUACCCUCUCAAGACAGUAAACAACCGCCUUUGCAAAAUAGCUCGAUUCUCCAGCAGAUUCCUGCUACGUGCGAUUCAUUUGAUGCUGCUAUUGCCUCCUUGAUUGCUCACCAGCAAACAAGUAACCAACCGAAGGUCUCAAAUCCAUCUGUUUGGGAUGCAGAAGAAACUUGUCAUGCAUUUCCCCGGAAUCAAACUUCAGCCAGGAUGUUCUCUUCAGCUCAUGGCAACAGUAGUGCUAUUACCUCGUCUAUCCUGGGUGCAAUUCCUGAGUCUGAUACAGAUGGCAACCAGCGUUGUUCUACUGAAGGCAGGAAAGAGGAAUCAACCCCUCAGAUACCAGGCUUGGGCAAUAAUGAUAACGUGAAGCCAGAUGAGCCAAUGCCUGAAUCGACCGGUGAGCCAGAGCUUGGGGCAUUUGACUCUAGGCUUUUGAGUGGGACCGACAGUUUAGGUCUAAGCGGCUUGCUAGCAAACAGCUUGGAUGCAUUUCCGAAGUUCACUGUUUCAAACAGCUGCUUGAGAAGUUCAGUGAUACAAGAUGUUGAGGAAGAGGCAUAUCGUGAUGGCCUAGAAGCACAAGUUGCAAAUGACGGCGUUUCCAGAGACAAAGAGAAGGGGUCUGAAGAUUACUAUCUUAGCUUCACUCAACUCUUGACGGGACCAGUUCCAUAUGAUCUUUUAACCGGGUCAUAG